AAGUCAGCCACAAAUAACCAACAACGUGUAAUUCCAACACUCCAAAACCUCGAACCAUUAUCCAAUGAUGAGAAUAACUCAUCAACACCUGAAACUGGUGAGGAUCCACUAGAAGACAAUGCUGCCACACACAUUUCAAAUGAAGAUACCGAAGAGGAUCCCAAAGAAUGGAAGCCGGAAGUAUACGCUCAUCUUAAUUGGGGGGAAUCACCUCUGGACCCUUUCAAACCUGUAUCAGUUGCACAAUUUGAAAAGCCCAACGUUGGUGUAAAUGCAACCAAGAACCUAACAAACGUAGUUAUCAACCAAAGAAGUUUGAGAUUCCAGAGAAUUGUGGGUAAACAAAUCAGAUAUAAUUUGCACCCUGCAUGCCAACAUUGGAAAUGGGUUCCAGAGAGAACAAAGAAGCUUUAUUGGGAUCAGUUUAAGAGGUUAGUUACUUGGGAUAUUGAGCAGUUCAGUGAUGAGCAAAUAAAAGAAGGUUAUAUAAAUUAUUUGAAAGAACAUGCCUACUCCAACAUUUUGACUCGAAUAAGGAACAAGCGGCCUGUAACUGUGAACGAUUUCACUUGGUCAGUUGUGAAAGAAUAUAUGAGGUCUAAACAGUUCCUAAGGGCAUCUAAGUCCGGUAAAAAAAACCGCCUUGCUGGUGGGGAUA